AUGUUUCUUCUCUGCUUUGCAAGUCAAAUGUUGGUGUAUGACUGGCCAUUAGCAACAUUUGCUAUUUCUUCGAGUUCAGACACUGAUAAGCUCGCUUUGCUUGCUUUGAAGGAAAAGCUUACGAAUGGGGUGUCGGAUUCUCUGCCAUCAUGGAAUGAGUCUUUACAUUUCUGUGAAUGGCAAGGGAUUACAUGUGAUCAUCCACACAUGAGAGUUGCGUUUGGAAAACCAAACAUUGGGUGUCAAGUUGGCCGUUUGAAGCAACUGGAAGUUCUCAACUUAACCGAUAACAAACUUCAAGGAGAGAUUCCUACAGAGCUCACAAACUGCACAAAUAUGAAGAAAAUUGUUUUGGAGAAAAACCAACUCACAGGAAAAGUUCCCACAUGGUUCGGAUCAAUGAUGCAACUUAGUUACUUGAUUCUUAAUGGCAAUAACCUAGUUGGUACUAUUCCAUCUUCCCUUGAAAAUGUAUCGUCACUCGAAGUUAUAACACUUGCACGUAAUCACUUGGAAGGAAACAUACCUUAUUCUUUAGGAGAAAUCCCACAUUCUAUUUACAACCUAUCAAAUCUUAAAUAUUUCGGACUUGGGAUAAACAAAUUAUUCGGUAGUCUUCCAUCGAAUAUGAAUCUUGCUUUUCCCAAUAUUGAAAUAUUCUUGGUAGGUAAUAACCAACUAAGUGGAAGUUUUCCAUCUUCAAUAUCCAACCUCACUACAUUGAAAGAGUUUGAAAUAGCAAAUAAUUCUUUUAAUGGCCAAAUACCUCUUACUUUGGGUAGAUUAACCAAACUCAAGCGGUUUAAUAUUGCUAUGAAUAACUUUGGGAUUGGAGGAGCUUUUGAUUUGGACUUCCUUUCCUCUUUAACCAACUGUACUCAAUUAUCAACGCUCCUUAUUUCACAAAAUAGAUUUGUUGGUAAAUUGCUAGAUCUUAUAGGAAACUUUUCCACCCAUCUCAACAGUCUUCAAAUGCAGUUUAAUCAAAUAUAUGGAGUCAUACCUGAAAGAAUUGGAGAACUAAUCAAUUUAACUUACUUAAACAUCGGCAACAAUUACCUUGAGGGAACAAUACCAUAUUCAAUUGGAAAGCUUAAGAAUCUAGGAGGUUUGUACUUGAAAUCAAACAAGUUAUAUGGUAACAUUCCUACUAGUAUUGCCAAUCUUACAAUAUUGUCUGAGCUAUAUCUAAAUGAAAAUAAAUUGGAAGGAAGCAUUCCAUUAUCCCUCAUAUAUUGCACCCGAUUGGAGAAAGUAAGUUUUAGUGAUAACAAAUUGAGUGGUGAUAUACCCAAUCAAAAAUUUAUUCAUCUAAAACAUUUAAUAUUUCUUCACUUGGACAACAACUCCUUCACCGGUCCCAUUCCUUCUGAGUUCGGUAAAUUAAUGCAACUUUCACGAUUGUCUCUAGACUCGAAUAAGUUUUCUGGUGAAAUUCCCAAGAAUCUAGCUUCUUGCUUAUCAUUGACAGAACUUAGGUUGGGGAGAAACUUCUUGCAUGGAAGUAUACCUUCGUUCUUGGGCUCUUUAAGAUCCUUGGAAAUCUUAGACAUUUCUAACAAUAGUUUCUCAAGUACAAUCCCUUUUGAACUAGAAAAACUAAGAUUUUUGAAGACUUUGAACUUGUCUUUUAACAAUCUACAUGGUGAGGUUCCCGUGGGAGCUUUUAUAAUUGCCCAUUUUCUCACAAGAAAGCCCAAAAGGUUACCCUCUUCACCAUCUUUGCAAAAUGAGAAUUUGAGGGUUACUUAUGGAGACCUACAUGAAGCAACCAAUGGAUAUUCUUCAUCUAAUUUGUUAGGAGCAGGAAGCUUUGGAUCUGUCUACAUAGGAUCUCUUCCCAACUUUCGAAGACCUAUUGCCAUAAAGGUGUUGAAUCUUGAAACACGUGGAGCAGCAAAGAGUUUCAUUGCAGAAUGUAAAUCUCUAGGAAAGAUGAAACACCGGAAUCUUGUCAAGAUCCUAACUUGUUGUUCAAGUGUUGAUUAUAAAGGUGAAGAUUUCAAGGCUAUUGUUUUUGAGUUCAUGCCUAAUAUGAGUCUAGAAAAGAUGUUGCACGAUAAUGAAGGAUCUGGAAGCCAUAAUCUCAACCUCACACAAAGGAUAGACAUUGCUCUUGAUGUAGCUCAUGCAUUGGAUUAUCUUCACAAUGAUAUAGAACAAGCUGUAGUUCACUGUGAUGUUAAGCCAAGCAAUGUUCUUCUUGAUGAUGACAUUGUAGCCCACUUGGGAGACUUUGGAUUAGCUAGGCUCAUUAAUGGAUCCUCAAACCAUUCAAGUAAUGAUCAAAUUACUUCUUCCACAAUUAAGGGAACUAUAGGAUAUGUUCCUCCUGGGAGAUAUGGAACAGGUGUUCCAGUAUCACCACAGGGAGAUAUCUACAGCUUUGGCAUUCUUCUGUUAGAGAUGCUCACUGGAAAGAGACCAGCAGAUAACAUGUUUUGUGAGAAUUUAAGCCUACACAAAUUCUGUAAGAUGAAGAUUCCAGAAGGAAUUCUUGAGAUAGUGGAUUCCCGUUUACUUAUACCAUUUGCUGAAGAUCGGACAGGGAUUGUGGAAAACAAGAUUAGGAAUUGUUUGGUGAUGUUUGCUAGAAUUGGAGUUGCAUGUUCUCAAGAGUUUCCUGCUCAUCGAAUGCUAAUAAAAGAUGUUAUAGUUAAGUUGAAUGAAAUCAAAUCAAAGUUUCCAUGCUAG